UAUUGCAGGUGGCAUUUGAAACAUGGUUAGCUUGAGGAGGCGCCGGCUUAUGGGGUUUUGUUCUGGAAAAGAUUCGUUACCAGUUGAUUGUGCAAAGCCUAUUGAGAAUGAAAAUUCUGUGGAAGUUGCACGCCCUAACAUAAAGCCAUUCAGUGUGCACCCACUGCCCCUGACAAAAACUUCUGAUGUACUUCCAGAAUCUUCAAAUGGCUCUGAUUCUUUGAAGGAAGAGAAAAACCAGUACUAUCCAGGAAAGGAAAUCAAGCGCAGAAAACGACAUAGAAGAAAGCAGUAUGUGGACCAAGAGCCAUGCAUAAUGAGAGGGGUCUAUUUCAAAAACAUGAAAUGGCAAGCUGCUAUAAAAGUUGACAAGAAACAAAUUCACUUAGGUACUGUCGGGACACAGGAGGAAGCAGCCCGACUAUAUGAUAGAGCUGCUUUUAUGUGUGGAAGGGAGCCAAACUUUGAACUUUCUGAGGAAGAGAAGAAAGAACUGCAGAAGUACACCUGGAAGGCCUUCUUGGAUAUGACUCGCGACACCAUAACCAGCAAAAAACAAAGGAAAGUUGGGUUGCUAAGGCGCAACAAGACAGACGUCCUCGUAGGACAGAGUGAUGGUGAUACUGAGAUGAUCAAUGGUGGUGGCUCAUCACACUCUGAAGAUGGAGAUGCUGAGACCUCAGCAUCUUAGAUUGCCAACAGAUUUCAUGCUCAUGCACAGCCAGAUCAACUCUUUCAACGAUUCAUUUCAAUGAAGACAUAAUUUCCAUUUAGGUUUUUUGUUCUCCCAAUAAUUAAUUACAUGUGCAUAAGGGACCUGAUGGUCUGAUAAAGGUUAGGCUAGAGAAAUCAUGCCGUCCCAUAUAAUGUUGGAGAUGGUCCAAUUAUAGGAACACAUUUCUCUGAGCAAAAUGAGCAAUCAUGUAUAGUACACCAAUUCCAGAACUGUAUAUCUAUCUAUCUAUCUAUAGGUUUACCACAAAUUUCCCAACAUGUAACUAGAUUACACAUUUUAAAGAAAUUUCCUUUCCAUUAUUGUAUUUUUCAAGGAAGCAUCAAACUGUGUCAGUUGCAAUUAUCCAUUCAACAGUAAUAUGCCAGUUUCCAGAGGAGAAUAAAACCUGUUUUCUCUCUGGCCCUACGGAAUGUGGAAAA